UUCAAAACCCACAACACAAAAAACUCAAAACACAUACUAAAAAGAUAAAAUUAAAGACGGGUAUCUAAAAUUAAUCAAGACGAAAACUAAAAACCUAACAAAAAAAUAAAAAUAAAAAUACCUAAUCAAACCCUAGGCUUAAUUACCUGUAAUUUUAAUUUAUAACUCCCAUUUUUCGUAUGUUAUGUUGUUAUAUAUAUGUGUGUGCGUCUAUGUGUAAAGGAACAUAGAAUGGAAAAAGACUCAGCAGCAGCUACAACGACGACGAAGAAGACGAUAUGGAGUACAUGGGAAGAGCUUUUGUUAGCGUUUGCUGUGAAAAGGCAUGGGCUAAAGGACUGGGAAUCUGUAGCCAUGGAACUACAAAAUCGUGUAUCGUUACCGGCUUUAUUGACCGCUCAAAUUUGUAAGGAGAAAUACAGGGACCUCCGCCGCCGCUUCAUGAAUAGCUAUAACAAUAGUUAUGAUGAAAAAAUCAUAGAACAGGAUGUAGAUGGAAAUGGAGAUGUAACGAUUCCUUGGAUUGAGGAGUUGAGAAAACUGCGGGUUGCUGAGCUUCAACAAGAGGUUCAACGCUACGAUCUUUCGAUCCAGUCGUUGGAGUUGAAAGUGAAAAAGAUGGAGGAAGAGAGAGAACAGAGUUUGAAGGCGCAGAGUUUAGACGAUGGCCAGAAACCAGAUCUGGAGGAUGUAAAGGAAGAGAGAUCGCAAAACGACAAAAACAGCGGUGCUGAUGUUAAGCCGGAGGAUUCCACCGGAAAGGCCGUGUCGAGCGAGGAGUCAGACCGCGAAAACCGGUCAUUUAACGAGUCUAAUUCGACGGAGAACAGAGAAACCGGUGUUAAAAAUGAACCGGAACCGGUCGAGAUCGGUGAAGACAAACCGGUUCAGGAGAUUAAACCGGUCAGUGAAGAGGACUCGUAUAACGAUAGCAGUUCAGAUAGACAAGAGGAAAAGAAAGCCCGUCGGGACUCAGGCGAUUUACGUGAUACAGUGAGCGGGUCUAAGGAAGAGACUAGGGAAAACAGUGACGUGCAGAGCACGGCAACUUUAACGAAGAGAAAACGGCAGCGCGGUGGCGAUGGUGGUAGAAGCGGCGGAGAUGCGGCAGAAAUGGGUUCUCCAGCCGUUGGAAUUAAAAGGGAGGGUGCGGCGAAAUCAGAGCCGUUAGUUGAGUUUUUAGAUAUUAUCAGGUCGCAUAAGCGCGGCUCUGUAUUCAAGCGCCGGCUAGAUAGCCAGAAAACGGACAAGUACAAGAGUAUGAUCCGACAACAUAUGGAUCUUGAAACGGUUCAAGCCCGGAUUGACGACGGAUCCUAUUGCUCUUGCCCAUCCAAAUUCUACUUGGACCUCCUACUCAUCUUCAACAAUGCCAUCGUCUACUUCGCUAAGUCAUCCUCAGAGACAACUGCAGCGAACGAACUACGUGGCAUUGUAAUGGAAGAAUUGAAAAAGACCAGAACCCAGUCGAAGGAUCUUUCACCAUUUAAGAUCCAACCCAAGCCCGAAUUGGAGAGAUCCGAUUCCUUGCUUGCAAAACACAAGUCUACUGUUCCUAUAGUAGUCUGUCGCAAGAGAAGCUCCAUUUCAGCAAAAGCAGCAGCGUCUUCUGGUAAUAACAAGACAGAAAAACCAGCUGAUAGUAAACCUCCUCUGAACCCAAAGCCACCUGCAGUGAAAUCUUCUUCGAAUGAAGAAGAGAGUUCAAUCAAGCUUGGGGUGAAAGAAAAGCCAGUGACUGGAGUAAGAAGUAUGAGGAGAAGCAGCAAAGGACGUUCGAAUAAUAAUAAUAAUAAUAAUAAUGCUUCACAAUCCAACAGCAACCAAAACACGACUGCUAAGCAAAGCAAUAGUAGCGGGGAGAAAAAGGAAGAGGUGAAACCGGAGAAGAAGAAAGAAGAAAGCAAAAAACGAGGAGCUGCAGCGGACUUCUUGAAGAGGAUAAAGAAGAAUUCUCCUACGAAAGGAACGUUGGUGGAAGCGCUGAAGAAUAAUCCUCCAGAGGAUGUUGUUGUUGUUAAAGGUAAAAAUAGCAAGGAUCAGCAAAAGAAAAAAAUUGAUGAACGGAGAGAAGCUCCAGUGAGGCGAAGUGGCGGCGGCGGUGGUGGUGGUGGUGGAGGCAGUGGUGCUAGCAAGGAUGAAGGUAGUCCGUCGAAGAGGAGCGUAGGUCGACCACCAAAGAGAGGUGGUAGAGAAGUAGUUGUGCAGGAAAAACGUGGAAGGGAAAAUAGUGAAAAAGAAGAUUCAACGAAACGGCCAAAGAAACGGUCAAGGAGGUAAAAUUAUGAUGAAUUUAGGAGGAGUUUAGUCUCAUUUUGCAGUGUAUAUUUUUACAUCUUGUAUUUCUAGUGUCAGGUUUUGAUUUUGGGAAUAUUACAUGUUAGAAUUAGUUUACAUCUUUUGCUUCUGUAACAUGUUAUUGGUAUUUGUACCUUUUCCUUGUUACAGUGAAUUUUCUUUUUCUCAAUUAGUUUUAUGCUAUUUCAACCA